AUGAACCUCAGUCAAGAACUUGACCAUGUCCUGCGGCCACUCGUCCAGUCGAUCGCUCUCCCCGUCGCUGCGUCCUUGACACUCUGGGCCUUGGGAGCUUUGACUAAGCAAUGGAUGUGCCGUCGGAGAAAACACUCGCAGUUGGUCAAGGCGGUCAUUUCUCGAGAAGAGAAAUUACACAUUGAGUCUCUGUACGGCUUUGACUGGAAGAGUUCCGAGAGACGAAAACUGCGUCCGUUCAAGCCUACGUAUCACAUCACAAUGGCGAUCAAGGCUGAUACACCGUCGGAGCUCAUCACCAUCGAUCAAGACUAUCUGGACCGCAUCAACCUUCGACGGGAACUCAUCGCUCAGCAUGGUUCUACUGUCCAUGGCUGUAUCCCCGAGGGCGACGCAGCCGUGCGAGAAGUCUACACGUACCUCUUAUCUGAGUAUCUACCAACUCGCUUUCCCACAAUCUUCCAACUCUCCUCCGACAAGUCCGCGUGUAGAAAUAUUGUCACGGGAAUGUCUUUUCCGACCACGCCCAUGGCCAAUGCCGAGGUGGCCCUGCGCGCCCUGGGCGAGACAGUCGAGGAAGAUUUCUUUCUUCUUCAGCAAUUUCCCGAUGGUCAUAGAUCUGUCGCAUUCAUGUGCUGUUUCCCUUCGGGCUUUGACCCAUCUGCGAAGCUGGGGAAGACACUCCAGGAGAUCCAUGCACCGGUGCCGUCGUAUGACCGAAUUGGAGCUAGCAUGGAGAGAUUCUUUGGGAAGCUGGAGGUUGGCAAGGGAGUAAAGAGGACGAACUGGUCGGUUCAGACUCAUGCGGAGCUGUUCAACUCAAAGGGGAACCAUAUCACCGGAGACGACACGUACGAGGACGACCAAGAAGUGGACAUUGAAAAGGUGCGGUUGAUUUGUUUCACUGCAAACACCGGAACUGAUACUGGGCAGACAUUUCUCCGCAUUGAGCUACAAACUCUCACUCGCCUCCCCAAUACGGGUGCCAUCCUCUUCUCAUUCAAGACGUACCUCUACCCCGUGCAUCAGAUUAAAGAGGAAGGCAUUGAAAACGCCUUUGCAGAUGCCAUCGAGGGCCUCGCCAAAGGGAAUGCGCCAGGGAUGUGGAAGUACAAGAGUGCUGUGCGGUGGGGGAAGGGGGUGAUAGAUUAUCUACGAUCAUGA